UGGUGAAGGGUUCAGUGUGCUGGUGAGAUCUGUGACGGGUACACGCGCGCUCCUCGCCUCUCCUGGCGCGUUAGUCUGUAUCAUGCUGUUAGGUGGUGAUGUAUAUGGUCAUCACUGUCCCCUCAAACUAGCAGAGGGACACACGGUGUUCUAGUCGGAAAACGUUGGUCUGAUAUUGCGGCGCCACUCAGGACAGUGGUGGGAUUGUGGCGCCACUCAGGACAGUGGUGGGAUUGUGGCGCCACUCAGGACAGUGGUGGGAUUGUGGCGCCACUCAGGACAGUGGUGGGAUUGAGUGGAAGGUUCAGAAAAUGAAGACCUGAGUGUGUCUUGGGAGUGUGUGGGGGCGCGGUAAGGGCACGUCCGCCCGCCUGCCUGGAGGUGUUGUUGCCCACUGAUUCUGCCUCCGGGGCAGAACUUCACAUGAAUACCUUCCCUACAUCCACCCCACUCCAACCUGAGGAACACCCCCGACGCCACGCAACCAUUCCACCUUCGCCAAGAGCCCCCACCACCACCCAAACCUGCACACAUUCAGCCUGAGCCCCGAGGGAGAGGAAGUGUGUGAGUGUGGGGGUGGUGGGUGAGGUGGGCAGGACGCUGGAGAUGGUGGGGCCCGCUCACGAGUGCAGGAGUUGUGUGCGUGGCCCCCAUGAAGAAUGUGUGCUGCUGCUGGGCCCCCCAGAACAAGGAGCAGCUGAGUGACAGCGGGGGCCCGGCGGAUGGCGGCGGUGGCAGCAGCGGUGUCAGUAGUGGUAGCGGGGACGUUGUGGGCAGUGGCGGCGGCGGCGGUCUCACCCGCAGCGGCUCUACACGUGGCAGUCUACGUAAGGUUCUGCCCUCUGUACCAGACAUGGAUCAGCAGUUAUCCAUGGCAACCAAGAUGAUUGACCGACGAACUUCCACCCCAAAGGGCAACCACUCGUAUAGUCCCUACUUCUUAGAAUAUACCCUUCUUGCAGAGUACAAUCUCUUGCAGAAGCAGAGAGUAUCAGGUGUCUAUGUUGUGCCAUCAGGCAAAUCACCUCUUGUGUGGUUUGGAGUAAUCUUUAUUCGUCAGGGGAUCUAUCAAGAGGGUAUCUUCCGCUUCAAUCUUCACAUACCAGAAAAUUACCCAGAUGGUGAUGUACCAACAGUUAUAUUCGAAACUCCAGUCUUCCAUCCCCUGAUUGAUCCUGAUACACGGGAAUUAGAUAUUAAGCGUGGCUUUGCCAAUAAAUGGCGAAGAAAUGUAAAUCAUUUGUGGCAUGUGUUGCUGUAUGUACGACGAUGUUUCUACAAAAUUGAGACAAGUCACCCUCUUAACCCAGAAGCAGCUGUAUUAUUUGAUAGUGACAAUGAAAUGUUCCUUCUGCGUGUGCGGGAAUGUGUCGACAAAAGCAAGGUCUUGAUAUAUGAACCACCACCAGCUAGUGAUCCACAUGCCUUGGUGUUCUCUCCAUACCAACCAGCCCUCCAUGAUACAGUCCGGGAAGAACUGAAAAAGGAAAGGAAUGACCCAGAAAGCACAUUGAAGGAGGACAGCAGCAACAAUGGCAUGUCAUGGGUGAAACCAGGUACUCUUCAAAUAUUCUCUCAAUCUGCUUCUUGACAACCACCUUAAUAUGGAAAUAUAGAAUUGUUGCCAUUUAUUUCCCAAUACAGACAUUUUCUCAUGUUGGUCACAAUAUCACAAUAUUGACUAAUUAGUGCUGUUUGUCCAAAUAAUUUGUUUAUCUAGGGAGAUUCCUGGUAUUGACCUGAUUGUUGGAUACUUUGCAGCAAGUUUAUCCAGACUAACAUCUGUUUUUAAGUUAUUUGUUUGUGACUGGCAGACAUUUUUCUGAAAGUUUGGGUUAUGGGUGUUGUGUAUAUCCUGCCAUUACCUUGAUGCAGCCCAUGUCGGCUCAGUUUUUUACUGACGUAAAUGAUUAAUCAAAUUUGUCGUUUAAUUAGUGCUCUUAGCUUAUGUGAUCUUUGUGAACAUAGGAAAUAUAUUUGUAUUAAAUUACUAAUGAGGUUAAAUAUAAAUAAGGUACAGUAUUUCACUACAGGUAAUAUUGUAUUAUUAUGAAGGCAAUGUUGUACUUAUUUAGAUGAUUUCUGGGAUAACCAAUUUAUUGCAAAGGAUACUGUGGGGAAUUAUUUAUUUUUACACAAUACCAGAUUACAAUAAGACACAUUCUUGCUAACUGUAUGUGACAAAUAAGGAUUGUACAGAUCUUUGUUUCUUGUAUUGGUUGGUAGUUUUAUGGUUCUUAAUACAGUAGUUGGUAUUAUUCACUCUCGAUGCAUAAUUAGGCUUCACUUGAACUUGAAGAUUAAUCGAGACUAAUUCAAUAGUCAUUUCUCUAUACAUAUGAUUUGUCAUGUUUACCAAACAAAUUUGUAAUUUUAAAAGCUGUUGUUUGUUUUGCUAGAACUGUCUUGAUGUAAGCUGAACACACAAUAAUUUUGACAUAUAGAAAAGUCUGCUUAAUUACUGUAAUUUAAACUUUGUUGCAAGUGUGUCCUUUUUUUUUCCUUUUUCUGUAUAUUGUUAUAAAUUAUUGCAGUAAUGUGUCUGGAGUUAACAAUGUCUGUGUUAACCUUCGUUUACAAUACUUAGUUCUGGAUAUUGUCACAAGUCAAGUUUCGUCUGGGUUGCUUUUGUUUUCCCAACAGUCACGCUAGUGGUGUACAUGUGUGGCACGGUAACUAGCGCUAGUGGUGUACAUGUGUGGCACGGUAACCAGCGCUAGAGGUGUACAUGCGUGGCACGGUAACUAGCGCUAGAGGUGUACAUGUGUGGCACGGUAACCAGCGCUAGAGGUGUACAUGUGUGGCACGGUAACCAGCGCUAGAGGUGUACAUGUGUGGCACGGUAACCAGCGCUAGAGGUGUACAUGUGUGGCACGGUAACCAGCGCUAGAGGUGUACAUGUGUGGCACGGUAACCAGCGCUAGAGGUGUACAUGUGUGGCACGGUAACUAGCUAGUGGUGCAACCUGUCCUCUUAAAAAGAACGUCGCUUUUGGCCAUUUGCCCGCAUGGCCGAAAGUGGACGUAAUUUGAAAAUGAAAAUAAAUUUGGGAUUUUUUUUUUUUCACCAACAGUAAGUUAAGGGUCCUCUGAUAGGUUAGGUGGACAGGAAAUUCUCAGUUUCAAAACGUCAUGAAAAACAUUAAUUGAAAGUUUCCUCUUCUAACCUUACCAAGUAGGCUGGACGACUCAAACAAAACGGGACAGUACGUCACUUUUGUGAAUCGAUUUCGUUUAAAAUUACGUCCAAAUUUGGCCCUAGCACGCAUACAAGCCAAAAGUGACGUUAUUUUUAAGAGGAUGGGUUGAGUGGUGUACAUAUGUGGCACGGUAACUAGUUAAGUGUGCAUGUGGUACACUAAUCAUAAUAGUAAAUUUAUUAUUGCUGUGAAAUAUGAUGAAAUGUUGUUUAACACUGCAGUAGUGUAGAAUACAGUAUGUGGAAAUGGUCAGCAUUUAAUAUGAAGCCUAAUGUUGUUAUGGGAGUGAUGGAUGUUAAGAGCUGCAGUUUGAUCUUAAGAAUGUUUCUUAAUCGGUAAUUUUCACGUUUAACAAUUGACAAUGCAUAACUACCGAAAAUCACUUAUAUUUAUCAGGGUAUAUUAUGCAUCAUGUAAAUAGAAAUGAUGAAUCCCUCCAGUUUUUAAAUUAUUAAAUAUAAAGAUGUAAUUGUGUCAUUAACACUUUCCUAUAUGAGUUUUAUGGUCACGUUUAGGUUCCAUGAAUACUAGUCUUCAUAAUUCACCAUGUAAUUAAUUGUUAUAGUUAAUUUUCUACAAUGCUAGUAGCAAGAAAUAAUUUUAUAUAUUUGAAUAACAUAAUAUAUGCCUAUGCAGGUUUAAUGCCUCAUGUGAUGCAUUGUCGAGAGAACUGGCGACUGGCAAUCACUGUUACAUUGUAUAAUAUGUAAAUAAAACUAUCAAUAAAAUA